AUGACUGCUGUUCAAGGACAACCUGCCGGCGCUUCAACAAUGACAGCUGUUCCUGGUGGUGGUGCUCCAUCUGCUAUGACUGCUGUGGCGGCACCUCCUGGCGGAGCUUCUACAAUGACAGCUUUGAAGCCUGCUUCAACAAUGACGGCGUUGGGAGCUCCAGCUGGAGCUUCAACAAUGACAGCUCUUCCUGGUGGUGGCGCUCCGUCUGCCAUGACUGCUGUAGCAGCUCCCCCUGGCGGUGCUUCAACGAUGACAGCUGUACCUGGUGGUGGCGCUCCAUCUGCAAUGACUGCUGUAGCAGCACCUCCUGGCGGAGCUUCUACCAUGACUGCUUUGAAACCCACUUCAACAAUGACGGCACUGGGAGCACCGGCUGGAGCAUCAACAAUGACAGCUGUUCCUGGUGGUGGCGCUCCAUCUGCUAUGACUGCUGUAGCAGCUCCUAAUGGCGGA